UUACAAUAUGAGUUUACUUUUUACGGUUAACUAUUUUCCAAACAACAGUAUGAAUUGGAUUUUUAUAUCUGGUCUAGUAAUUAUUGCUAGCUUAUUAAUUAAAUGGUACAAGGCGUUGGUUGAGUAUAGCUACAUAAAAGCAAUGGUGGCUAAUAUACCGGGUCCACCAGCGAGGUAUACGCUUCUUGGUAACUUGGAUAUGAUCUGGAACAAUUGCAAUGUUGAACAAAAUCCUGCUGACUAUUUCUUCAAAUCAAUGGCUCACUUAUAUAGAAAGGAAGGCAUAUUUAAGUGUAGGAAUGCCAAUAGAGUUAUGGUUUUAAUAUUCAAUCAAGACUUAGCACAGGAUUUUCUCAAAUGCAAUGUCAAUAUCGAGAAGGCAUUUGAAUAUCAAUUACUGUAUGACUGGUUGGGAAAGGGUUUGCUUAUCAACGACUCGGCCCACCUAUGGAGGGAACGCCGAAAACUACUGACCCCUGCCUUCCAUCAGAAAAUUCUCACAGAAUUUGUGCCCAUUUUUAACGAGAAGACCGAUAUUCUGAUGAAAUGUUUGGCCGAUUGUGUGGACAUAAAGGGUAUAAACAUUUGUGAUCUCGUGUUCCCCACAGCACUCGACAUCAUAACCGAGUCAGGAAUGGGUAUCAAAAUAAAUGCCCAACAAAAUGAAAACCAGGACUACAUUCACGCCAUUCAGCAAAUGGGCAAAUGUCUGUUGGAUCGGGUGUUUAACCCUAUGUUGUGGUCAAAUGUUAUCUUUUAUAUGACAUCUUCGGGCAAACAAUUCAAACGUAAUCUCAAUAUAUCUCAUGAAUUGACUCGACGUGUGAUUAAUGACAGGAAAGACUAUUUGCUGCAAAAUAAGGGAAAUGUCUGUUCAGACAGUGAUUGCAAACCAAGUAAACGCAAGAGAUUAGCAUUUCUGGACCUAUUAUUAGAGAAUCAUUUCAAUGAUAAUUCACUGACUCUGGAGGACAUC